CACGGGGCGCGCGCAACAGGCGGCCCGAGCCGGCGGGAAGCUGGAGCGCCGGCGGCGUCGGUCUCGGAGGGGUGUGGAGAGGCGAGGCCAGGCAGAGCCCCGCGCAGCCAUGGAGUCUCUCCUGCUGCCGGUGCUAUUGCUGCUGGCUGUACUAUGGACGCAGGCGGCCGCCCUGAUUAAUCUCAAAUACUCAGUCGAAGAGGAGCAGCGCGCCGGGACAGUGAUCGCUAAUGUGGCCAAGGACGCGCGGGAGGCAGGCUUCGCGCUGGAUCCCCGACAGGCUUCUGCUUUCCGCGUGGUGUCCAACUCUGCUCCUCACCUGGUGGACAUCAACCCCAGCUCCGGCCUCUUGGUCACUAAGCAGAAGAUUGACCGAGACCUGCUGUGCCGCCAGAGCCCCAAGUGUAUCAUCUCCCUAGAGGUCAUGUCCAGCUCAAUGGAGAUCUGUGUGAUUAAGGUAGAGAUCAAAGACCUGAAUGACAAUGCUCCCAGUUUUCCGGCCGCACAGAUUGAACUAGAGAUCUCCGAGGCAGCCAGCCCAGGUACGCGCAUCCCACUGGACAGUGCAUAUGACCCGGACUCAGGCAGCUUUGGUGUGCAGACCUACGAACUCACGCCCAACGAGCUGUUUGGCCUGGAAAUAAAGACGCGGGGUGACGGUUCGCGCUUUGCUGAACUAGUGGUGGAGAAGAGCCUGGACCGUGAGACACAGUCACAUUACAGCUUUCGUAUUACGGCGCUCGACGGAGGUGACCCACCACACAUGGGCACAGUUGGCCUCAACAUCAAGGUGACCGACUCGAAUGACAACAACCCAGUGUUUGGCGAGUCCACCUACUCAGUGAGUGUGCCCGAAAACUCACCUCCCAAUACACCAGUCAUCCGCCUCAAUGCCAGCGAUCCAGAUGAGGGCACCAACGGCCAAGUGGUCUACUCCUUCUACGGAUAUGUCAAUGACCGCACGCGUGAACUCUUCCAAAUUGACCCACACAGCGGCCUGGUCACUGUCACCGGUGCGCUCGACUAUGAAGAGGGCCACGUGUACGAACUGGAUGUGCAAGCCAAAGACCUAGGGCCCAAUUCUAUCCCUGCACACUGCAAAGUCACUGUCAGCGUGCUAGACACUAAUGACAACCCGCCAAUUAUCAACCUGCUUUCGGUCAAUAGCGAGCUUGUGGAGGUGAGCGAGAGCGCCCCCCCGGGCUACGUGAUUGCCCUGGUUCGGGUGUCUGAUCGCGACUCUGGUCUCAAUGGACGUGUGCAGUGCCGCUUGCUGGGUAAUGUCCCCUUUCGACUGCAGGAGUAUGAGAGCUUCUCCACUAUUCUUGUUGAUGGGCGGCUGGAUCGAGAGCAACACGACCAGUACAACCUUACUAUUCAGGCUCGAGACAGUGGUGUGCCUAUGCUGCAAAGUGCCAAGUCUUUUACUGUGCAAAUCACAGACGAGAAUGACAACCACCCACACUUCUCCAAGCCUUACUAUCAAGUCAUUGUGCAGGAGAACAACACUCCUGGCGCCUAUCUGCUCUCAGUGUCUGCCCGCGACCCUGACAUGGGCCUUAAUGGCAGUGUCUCCUACCAAAUUGUGCCAUCACAGGUGCGAGACAUGCCAGUCUUCACCUAUGUCUCUAUCAAUCCCAACUCUGGUGACAUCUAUGCGCUACGUUCCUUUAACCAUGAGCAGACCAAGGCAUUUGAAUUCAAGGUCGUGGCCAAGGAUGGCGGCUUGCCCUCACUGCAAAGCAACGCCACUGUGAGGGUCAUUGUCCUCGAUGUCAAUGACAAUACCCCAGUCAUCACCGCCCCACCUCUGAUCAAUGGCACUGCUGAGGUCUACAUUCCUCGAAACGCCGGCAUAGGCUAUUUGGUGACUAUAGUUAAGGCAGAUGAUUAUGAUGAGGGAGAAAAUGGCCGAGUCACCUAUGACAUGACAGAAGGUGACCGGGGUUUCUUCGAAAUAGACCAGGUCAAUGGAGAAGUCAGAACCACUCGCACCUUUAAUGAGAACUCCAAGGCUUCCUAUGAGCUUAUAGUGGUGGCCCAUGACCAUGGCAAGACAUCUCUUUCUGCCUCUGCCCUCAUCCUAAUAUACCUGUCCCCAGCCCUUGAUGCCCAAGAGUCCAUGGGCUCUGUGAACUUAUCCUUGAUUUUCAUUAUUGCUCUGGGCUCCAUUGCUGGCAUUCUCUUUGUCACUAUGAUCUUCGUGGCAAUCAAGUGCAAGCGUGACAACAAAGAGAUCCGGACCUACAAUUGCAGUAAUUGUUUAACCAUCACUUGUCUCCUCGGCUGUUUUAUAAAAGGACAAAACAGCAAGUGUCUGCAUUGCAUCUCGGUUUCUCCCAUUAGCGAGGAGCAAGACAAAAAGGCAGAGGAGAAAUUGAGCCUAAGGGGAAAGAGAAUCGCUGAGUACUCCUAUGGGCAUCAAAAGAAAUCAAGUAAGAAGAAAAAAAUUAGUAAGAAUGACAUCCGCCUUGUACCUCGGGACGUGGAGGAGACAGACAAGAUGAAUGUUGUCAGUUGCUCCUCCCUUACUUCGUCCCUCAACUAUUUCGACUACCACCAGCAGACACUGCCCCUGGGCUGUCGUCGCUCUGAGAGCACUUUCCUGAAUGUGGAGAACCAGAAUACCCGCAACACCACUGCCAGCCACAUCUACCAUCACUCCUUCAACAGCCAGGGCCCACAGCAGCCAGACCUGAUCAUCAAUGGUGUGCCCCUGCCUGAGACUGAAAACUAUUCCUUUGACUCUAACUACGUGAAUAGCCGUGCCCAUUUAAUCAAAAGCUCCACCUUCAAGGACCUAGAGGGCAACAGCCUGAAGGAUAGUGGGCAUGAGGAGAGUGACCAGACUGACAGUGAGCAUGAUGUCCAGAGGAGCCUGUACUGCGAUACUGCUGUGAAUGAUGUUCUGAACACCAGUGUGACCUCCAUGGGAUCUCAGAUGCCUGACCAUGACCAGAAUGAAGGAUUUCAUUGCAGGGAAGAAUGCCGGAUUCUUGGCCACUCUGAUAGAUGCUGGAUGCCCCGGAAUCCCAUGCCCACCCGCUCCAAGUCCCCUGAGCACGUGAGGAACAUCAUCGCUCUGUCCAUUGAAGCUACUGCUGCUGAUGUUGAGGCUUAUGACGACUGCGGCCCCACCAAGCGGACUUUCGCGACCUUUGGAAAAGAUGUCAGUAGCCACCGGGUUGAGGAGCGGUCCAUCCUGAAAGGCAAGCGCACUGUCGAUGUAACCAUCUGCAGCCCCAAAGUCAACAGCGCUAUCCGGGAGGCGGGCAAUGGGUGUGAAGCUAUUAGCCCUGUCACCUCCCCACUCCAUCUGAAGAGCCCUCUGCCCACCAAGCCUUCCAUGUCUUACACCGUUGCCCUGGCUCCUCCAGCCCAUGAUCUGGAGCACCAUGCCAACAAUGGCGCCUCUCGUCCUUCUGAAGCUGAGCCCCGUGGAGCCGACAGUGAGAAAGUCAUGCAUGAGGUCAACCCUAUUCUGAAGGAAGGUCGUGACAAGGAAUCUCCUGGCGUGAAGCGUCUGAAGGAUAUCAUUCUCUAAGCCCAUCUGGGUUUGAAGAAGAGAGAACGAAACCACACUGGCUAGUGAAGAUGUAGCAGCUGCUCGUUCUAAUUGCUUACAAUGGUUGGUUCUUGAGUAGCUGCAUUUCAGAGCUUUCCCUAAAUGUAUUGUGUAUAAGUGACUAUCAUUCUGUGACAAUCCCUCUCGUUUCAACAGGCAGUAGGGGUGUUCAGUUGGAGCAAAUUAGCUUUGGCUUGAGUUGUUCAUGGGGCCUUGAUGUUGGGGAAACAGAGGCAAAUUCAGUUGUGAAAAAGUAUUAUGUAUGAAGUGUUUGAAUUUAUAUAUUUUUAUAUGUGAAAAUGAUAAUAUAAAUUACCAUUGUU